AUGCGCGACCGCACCCUCUUCAACGAGCGGCUAGCUGAAGGGCUACCGGCUACUGCUUCGGAUGGCAGCAGCAACAAUCGACAGUUCACAGUCUUCCCCGCGUUGCCCGUCGAGCUCAGGCUGAAGAUAUGGCAGAUUUCCAUCCGGGAGCUCCAACAUCGCAUCAUUUAUGUCAAGCUGAGGCCAGGGCGUGAACCGUCGGUGAUGAUGACGAUCCCGCCUGGCGAGGCCCCAGAAGGCACCCACGGUUCCGCCGCAGACAUUGCCAACGGCAGCGAUAACGACCAUGUCAUAGAGGACGCCCAUCAGAGAUUCGACGCUGGGCUCGAAUCCAUUGAGCGCCGUCGACGGCUGGCGUGGUCGGCCGUCUUCCCCACCAUCCUUCGGGUCAAUCGCGAAUCCCGGAGCGCUUACUUUUCCGUCUUCCGAAUCCCUAUGCCUUUCGGGGCCGGCGGCGACGACGCUCGGAAGCUUGUCGUUAACCUGAGCCCAGACCGCGACAUUCUGGACGUGGGCAUUUCCGUUCCAGACCCGGAUAUUGCCGACCCGGAUAACCCGCGGGUCAGGGCACGCCUCUUCGUUGGCUUCCUCUGCUCCCUUCGCGCGAGGGAUCCCAGAAAAGAGGGCAUCAGACGCCUUUCACUAGGCGCGCAGGUGUUUAGCACCCAGACCGACGAUACAUGCAUCACAGUGGACGACCUUCUGGACCAUAUAUCCCCCUCCGUCGCCGACGAGAGCUGGGAGAGGGGAGCUACCGUCUUUGCCCAGGUCAUCGAGAAUCUGGUGUCGUUCUUCCGCGUCGCCAAUCUCGGUCACAUUGGACGUUGCAACCCCGGACCCCCGAUCUUUCCCAACUCCAAGGCCCAUUUUGCUCUGUCCGUCCCGUUGGCGCCGGGCCGGCGGCACAACAACCUCGUAGCGUGCACUGCAUGCGUCAGCCACAGGUACCUCCCGUCCACCCCCGACGUCGCCACCUUCACCUGGCUCGACAACGAUCCACGCCCCCAUGUCGCCGUGGACACGCAGCAGCUGCCCUCGAACGAGUGCCCGCACCAGGUGUUUCGGGCCUGGACGGAGUUGGAAGAGCGCUUCGGCGUUAAGCGGGCAAGCUCCUCGUUCGACCUCUACCUCGCUGCCGCCGAGGACCACAACAACUCCUUCGAUAACGAAUCGGCACGGCGUCACCUCAAGAAUGAGUGGGGGUCGUGGCAGCAGUGGUCCGAUACCCUUCAGGAAGAGUACGGCCAAUGGGUGACCGAGAUGGGAGAUCUCAUGAGCGAGGAGCAGGAAGUGGCUGUCAAGGACGAAGCCCAGCCGGCUGUUGGGUUGUGGCUUUGGCCAAGCGAAGCGCUCAGCAGGUUGAGUGCAGAAAAUCCGUGCGGUGAGCACGAUGCCGGCGAGUUGGCAGUGCACGAUCUGUCCGGAUCCACUCCGGGGCUUCUGGUGGCGCAUCUGGCAUGA